AUGUAUUUUAUAGACGAACUUGCAUUUGACAUGACAAACGCGUCUCUUCUUAAAGACAAUAACUUGAAAUCAACACCAGUAUCCAGGUUGCUAUCCUUUGCUAAGCAGAGGCACGAAAAAUACAGUUUUGAGAAAGACCCAGAAGCCUCAAAGUCGGACGCAAGGAGCGCGGAUAAUGUUACGACAAAUCAGUCACAGUUUAUGUUUGAAAACGAGCCAAUGAUGUCGAAAGCGUACGCCCGCUCGACGGACGCCGUGGUGGAUAAGAAUAAAACCUACCUGUUCGAAAACGUACCAGAAUUGUCAAAAGCUCAUGCAAGGUCCUCAGACUCGGUGAACGAUAAGGCUGGCAGCCAGGUCUUUGAAAAUCAGCCACAGGAAUCAAAGGCGCACGUGCGGGCAGCCGACACGGUGGUCCAGAAGCUGGGAUCCCAAGUAUUCGAAAAUGAGCCGCAACUGUCGAAAGCAAACACCGGCUACUACGAUUCGGUGGUCGAAAAGCCGAACGGAUUGGUGUUCGAAAACGAACCGGAACUAUCCAAGGCCCACGUGAGGUCGUCAGACACAGUAACGACUAAGUCGGAAAGCCAAGUCUUCGAAAACCUGCCCUCAGACUCCAAGGCCCACGUAAGAUCCACGGACUCGCUGGUCGAGAGAAAAGAUGGACACGUGUUCGAGAAUGAGCCAAAAUUGUCGAAGGCGCACGUGAGGUCGUCAGACUCACUGUCAGAUAAGGCGGGAAGCCAGGUGUUCGAAAAUAAGCCAGGAGAGUCGAAGGCACACGUGAGGUCGACGGACACAGUGGUGGGAAGGAAGGGGCCGCAGGUGUUCGAAAACAAGCCGGCGUCAGUGUCGAAGGCCGACGUGAGGGCGUUCGACAAGCUGCCUGACCGCUCGGACUCACAGACAGUGUUCGAGUGCCAAAGAAGCCAGCAAAGCACAGCCGACUUCAGCGCCUUCAAGCCUCUCGAGCCGAAAUCGCAAUACGUCACAACAUACGAGGCUCAAACUUCAAAGAAGAGCAAGGCAGACGUGGUGUACGACCGCAACCACACACUUAUGAAGGAAAUGGCAGAAACGAUGGACAAGUGCCGUUUUGAAUAG